CCUCCGCCGGAGAGGAGGCGACUAGCCAGGGAGCCGGCGGCAGCCAGAGAGCCAGCGAGCGAGGCGCCUGUCCGGCUGGGCUGGGGAUGGCCGGGCGGCAUGAGGAAGCCCAGGGGCGGCGUGUGGCUCUCGCUGCUGCCUCCCGCCGCUCCUCGGGCUGCUGCUGCUGCUGCUCCUGGGUCCGGGCGGGGCGGCGGCAGCAGGGCCCCCCAGCCUCGGGUUAAGCGGGGCUUCCUGCUGGCCAUGUCCGUCGGUUGCAAGGAGGAGGGCCAAAGAAAGAAGAAGGCCUCUGCGGCAGAGAUGGAGAAAAUAAGGGUACGAAAUUCCUGGGUGCCAGCCUGCCUAUGGCAACCUAGAAUACUCCAAGGCAGGCUCACAAAAUCUUCACCUACCCUCUGGGACAGCACGCUGCAAGAACAGAAGGGGGAACUUCGUAAGCGGCUCUCCUACACAACUCACAAACUGGAAAUGCUUGAAACAGAAUUCGAUUCUACACGCCAGUAUCUUGAAGUAGAACUGAGACGUGCUCAGGAAGAACUUGAAAAAGUGACAGAAAAGCUGAGACGGAUACAAAACAAUUACCUAGCCUUACAAAGAAUUAAUCAAGAUCUAGAAGACAAACUAUACAGAAUGGGUCAACAUUAUGAAGAAGAAAAAAGAGCUUUAAGCCACGAAAUAAUAGCCCUCAAUAACCAUUUGAUAGAAGCCAAGGUGACAAUAGACAAAUUGUCAGAAGAUAAUGAGCUCUAUAGAAAAGAUUGCAAUUUAGCUGCUCACCUGCUCCAGUGUAGCAAGAAUUACGACAGAGCACAUAAGCUUUCCGAGUUGCCAUCCGAAUUUCAGGAACGUGUCAGCAUCCACCUAGAAAAGCAUGGAUGCAGCCUCUCAGUACCUCUGUGUCAUACAUCAUUUGCUGACAACAUACCAACUUGCGUCAUUGCUAAAGUCCUGGAAAAGCCUGACCCAAAUAGUCUUUCUUCACACUUGUCAGGCUCAUCAACCAGAGAUCUUGCCUUCCAGGACCCUGCUGGGAAACUUGGCCAAAGACCUCAGUACAAGUCUGACAUCUAUUGUAGUGACACAGCUCUUUACUGCCCAGAGGAAAGGAGAAGGGAAAGGAGACAGAGCGUUGACAUGCAAGUGAAAGACGUUGGGUUCUUGAGGUCCCAAAAUUCCACUGACAGCACAGUGGAAGAAGAUGGCUUCCACUCCAGCUUCUCCCAUGAAGCUUUUCCAGAAUAUGUUACCUCUCUGCCUACUUCAAGCUCCUACUCCAGCUUCAGUGUAACAUCUGAAGAGAAGGAGAAUGCUCAGGCUAGUACGCUAACAGCCUCCCAGCAAGCAAUCUAUCUGAGCAGCCGGGACGAGAUGUUUGAACGAAAGCCAUCUUCAGGUUAUGACCACCAGGGAAGCCCAAGGUUUGCCAAGUCUAAAUCCAUUCAGCACAUGGAGAUGGCCGACGAUGAGAAUUCCCCCACCUUCACUAGGACUAUGUCACCUUAUGCAAGCGAGCCUUAUCAUUUCUCGGCCAUAACCACUCAGCAAGCUUUAGCUUCACAGAAAAUGCGCAGUGAGUGCAGGAAUGCCAACCUGUCAGAAGAGGACCUCCCGGGACGGUGGAGGCAGCUGAGCGUUGAGGAUAUUGGUGCAUAUUCUUAUAGGAACAGUGGCAGGCUUUCACCCUGCAGCUUUUCAGAGCAGUAUUAUAGAAGUCCCAUAAAGAAAGUGGACAGUCGGUCAAGUCCUAUUUAUGCUAGUUACAAAGGUGAUAGUUUCUCAGAGGGAGAUGAUCUCUGUCAAAGCAGACUUGUGGAUUCUUGUUUCCUGACAACAGACAGUGGUCUGAAUAUUGACAUUAGUGCUAGCUGUAAACAGGACAAGAUGACUUCAUACAAAACAAAAGAACUGAGAGACAAAAAGAAUGAAAGAAUCACAGUCCAGGUGUGCAGUAGCAAAAGCAUUGAUGGCAGUCCAGUGUUGAAAAGAGAAUAUGUGGAUGUGAGUCCAAACAGUUCAGCCGACUCCCUCAACCAUAGUUCUAUGGAGGCUUCAGAGAUCCAUCAGUCUUCCAUUGAACAAGGAAGCCAUUCAAGCCUUCACAGCAAACAGCAACAAUUUCAGCGGACUGGGAGCACAGGCUUGAGUCGGAAGGACAGCCUCACAAAAGCACAAUUGUAUGGAACUCUCCUCAAUUAAACAUCUUCCAAAGUUGCAAUAAGGAGACAAAACAACAGUGAUGACCUUUGUUACUUCUAGCAUACAGUAGGCUUCUGGGGGGCGGGGAAGAAUGGUUAUAAGAUAUAUAUUCAUAUUCACAAUGGUACUGUUUUAAAGGGAGAAAUAUAAACCCAAAUCUGAUGAAACAAAACAAAAACAUUACAUGGCACUUUUCACACUAUGACUUUUCCAUCUUGGAUACCAACCCUUUGCCCACUUUUAUAACCUGAGAUAUUUUUAUAAACAAAAUGGUAUUUAUUAGACUGUCCUUAGUACUCUCAAGCGCUUUGAGUGACACUUUUUGUCCCCCUCAAGUAAGUUUCUUCUUAUUAUUAUUAUUAUUAUUAUUGUGCAUGAGGCCACAUGUGCCUAAACUCUUGGGAGGAAAAGAGUUUAAAAGAAAGAGCAAGAGAGAGGAAAUGAAAGGAAAAUAUUCCCUCAUCACAAGGACAAUUAAAAUCCCUAAAAGAGUCUCAAAAUGUGAGUUGUGUGCAGUGCAAGAUGUCCAAGAAAGGUGACGUUAUAAAGAAGUCUAUUUUUUGAAUGAAAAGGAAAUAAAAUGGCCCACUAAUAUCUUUAAUACAGUACAAAUGCAUUUCAAAGUAAAAACAACAUUUGCGGGGGCAAAUGCACAAAGUGAUAUGGAUAUUUUGGUUUGUCUGUCCCAUUGUGUUUCAACUUCCCCAUCCUGUACACUACCUCAAAAUUAAUUGAGGGUUUCUUUGUCACUUAUUUUUCUCUAGGCUUGCAUUUAUAUUGUCUCAAAUGCAUGGAGUGUCAUAACUAGUACUGUAUUUUGCAUUACUUAAUAAAAGACACCAGUGGAAGCA